AUGUGUCGAACAACGAAGGGUAAGCCGAACUCCAUUGGAGAAGACUCUACCGGAAUAAACUCGAAACCCGGCGGCGAAUGCAUCGGCGAUUGGAGAGAAGAAGCGAUCAACGGCGGUUCCCUAAGACAUGUGGACCUUGACACAGGAACCAACGGCUGGGCUUCACCCCCAAGUGACCUCUUCAAUGUUCGAGGCAAAAACUACUUCACCAAACGCCAAAAAUCCUUCUCCAGUGAAGACUACCUUCUGAAACCUGCCGGCGUAGAUUGGCUCCGCUCCCCAACCAAGCUCGAUAAUGUCCUCUCUCAAUCUAACAAUCGAGUCAUGAACUCGCUUCGCCGAGCUCAAUCCAUCCGAUCCAGUUCUCUCAAGACUUUUCUCUUCGCCGUUAACCUCCAAGUUCCUGGCCGGGAAGCAUACAGUGCCGUCUUCUAUUUUGCCGCCGAAGAGCCGAUCCCUCCUGGUUCGCUUCUCUACCGGUUUAUACAUGGCGAUGAUUCGUUCCGAAAUCAGCGGUUUAAGAUCGUGAAUCGGAUUGUUAAGGGACCGUGGAUCGUGAAGAAAACUGUGGGUAAUUAUUCUGCUUGUUUGCUUGGUAAGGCCUUGACUUGUAACUAUUACAGAGGAGAUAAUUACUUUGAAAUCGACGUGGACGUUGGGAGUUCGGCGAUUGCGACUGCGAUCUUGCGUUUAGCUUUAAGGUAUGUGAACUCUGUUACGAUCGAUAUGGGGUUUUUGGUGGAAGCGCAGACGGAGGAGGAGUUGCCUGAGACAUUGAUCGGAGCAGUGAGAAUUGCUGAGAUGGAGAUGUCAUCAGCAACUUUUGUAGAGUCAUUUCCGACAGCGAUGAUGGCGCAAUCUUCGGUGCCAGUGACGGGGAUGAAGAGGUUAGGGUUGUCAAAGGUCAACAAUGAGAAAGAUGAGAAAUACUGAAAAAGG